AUGAAUUUUAAGAACCGUGAAGACGAUCGUGAUCGCAAGGGGAGAAGGGACGGCGAGAGUGAGGUUCGGGUUCUGGUUCAUGAAUCGCAUGCUGGUGCUGUCAUUGGUCGUGGAGGAUCGCGUAUCAAGGAGCUACGUGAAAAAACUGGAGCUCAGCUCAAGGUUUUCUCACGCACUGCACCGCAAUCUUCUGAGAGACUGGUACUGCUGAAUGGCGAAGUGGACAAAAUAGUGGAGUGCAUCGCCAUAAUCAUCGACGUCCUGAAGGAGAUACCAAUAAAAGGUCCGAUACGUCCGUACGAUCCGAUGUAUUAUGACCCGGAUGUUAUCGGCGAUUACGGUGGCUAUGUUCCGGAUCGUAAUUUCGUAAACCGAGUGGCCCCUCGUAGAGAGUAUGGCUUUGGUGGUGGCGGC